AGCUUUUUGCUGUGUCUGUAAAAUUUUUAUUGGUUUGAAAACGUGUUAGGUUAAUAAUUCUAGGAAAUAUUUGACUUUCGCUAUACAAAAAUGGAUGAAGUAUUCCAAGAUCCUGUUCAUUUUUCUAAAGGAAUAAACCUAAGUGAACUCAUGACGUCAGCGACAGAGUUCCAUAUCGAUAUGGACUUCAAAAAGAAGCACGAUGAGUUGACCGAUGAUCUUUGUCCUAACUUUGAUGAUGACGAUGAUGAUGAUGGGGAUAACAUAGAAGAAGUGUUAAAGAACAUAGAAGAGUCGACGGACAAACUCAUGCUGUCGUCUCCGGAGUAUUUGUCCUUCAAGGAACUCUCUGCCAAGAUGAUUGAUUGCAUUCCCAGUGGGGAAGUGAAGAUUCUAAUCAUUGAAGAAGGUACGGGUCCCUUAGUGCCAGUAGACGCCCAAGUGACGAUCCAUUACGCAGCUUACUGGGAGAAGACCAAGAUUCCCUUCGACUCAACACUCACUAUGAACUCUGGUGCACCGUUGAAAAUCCGCCUCGGCUCUGGCCGCUGCCUCCCAGGCCUCGAAAUAGGCUUAACAACAGUGCGGGGCCCCACCGCCCGCUUCCACUUGCUAGUGGAGCCGCGUUUAGCUUGGGGCCCGCGGGGCGCGCUGCCCCGCAUCCGCCCUGAGCCGGCCCUGUUCGUCAUCUCGUUGUACGCUGUGAGGGACGUGCACGCUGCUGCGAGAUUCAACGACCUACCAAUGGAAGAACAGAAAAAAUUCGAAGUGACCGCCAAAACAGUGUCCUCCCUCCAUGCUCAAGCUAAAGAGUUAUUCGCGAAGAAAAGGUACAAAGAAGCGAUCAAAAACUAUCAGCAAUCCAUGUCUGUACUGAGGCUUUCUAGGCCAAAAGACGAAAAUGAAGAGGCAGAGAUUAAACAGUUCAAAAUCAGCGUAUACACCAACCUAUGUGUGUGUUACUGCAAGAUUAAGAAGCCAAAAUACGUUUUCAUAAUGUGUGACAAUUUAGAUAGAAUAAGUAACCUUGAUAAUCAUUGCAAGGCUUUAUUUUAUUGCGGUCGUGCACAUGAGCUGCUAAAUAAACACGAAUUAGCCAUCAAAUAUUACAAAAAGGCCCUAAAAUUAGAGCCGAAGAACAAAGAAAUAGGGAAAGCACUGGCCGCUAUUGAUGACUACGUAAAAAAAUCGGCCGAAAAAGAAAAAGAGCUCUGGCAAAACGCCUUCAGGGCGGCGCCGAAAAAAGAAAAAGUCACGUUUGACGUCGAUGAGGACUUCCAAAAUGGCGUCCGCGAGAUGUGUCAAGAUUUGGCGGGAAGGACGGAAUAUGCUAAGUUUGAUCUACCCACGGGUUUGACGAAGAAUGAAAUUGAUUGCAUUCAAAGCUUAGCUAGUGAUUUUGAAAGUCUGUUGGUUCAAAUCGACGGAGAAGGCAAGAAAAACAAGGUUUCUAUUAUCAAGAAACAGUUUUAAGGUUGUUUUUAUUAUGAAUUGUACAGUUAACGUUAAAAACGCUUAUUCUAUUAGGUAUUUUUAGUGUCUAUCGCUAUAAACGGAUUUACAUAACUAUUAAGUACAUUAGAAUAUGUAUUUCUUAUAAAUAAAUGUACUAGUAGUAAAUGGUCAAUUAGAUUAGCCAACAAAUGGAGCGAUACGAGGCUAUUGGUUGUAUUUAAUACUUUAAUUAGCAAUAUUAGUACAAAGUCCGAUCGCCGAGCACGUAUAAUUUCGUUCAAUGACCCCAAGCUACCCAUCCUUAUCACUCGCACGUAAUUAUAAUAUUGUGUCACGACUGUGCGACGGGCGACCGC